AUUGGUCAUUAAACCGAUUGUGGGUGGGGUUAGUGUGGCUAGACACUCCCCUUUUCACGUUACAUCACUGAACAUCUGGGCAACGUUAGUAGUGGCGCAGCAUCAGCCAUAUAACUACAUCCAUGACGACAGGCAGCUCUGUAAGAAAGCGCCAUAGGGCCAGUGCCAAUGGAGCAGGGGCUGGUGCAGGAAACCAUGCGGAAGAGCCAGCACAGUGGGGAAGAGCAUGGGAGGUGGAUUGGUUCUCUCUGACAGCCGUGAUCCUGCUGCUGUGUCUCGCCCCCUUUAUCGUGUUUUUCUUCGUCAUGGCAUGCGAUCAGUACCAGUGCUCCGUCACCCAUCCAUUACUGGACCUCUACAAUGGUGAUGCCACCCUGCUCACCAUCUGGAAUCGAGCCCCUUCCUUCACAUGGACUGCUGCCAAGAUCUACGCCACAUGGGUCACUUUUCAGGUGGUGUUGUACAUGUUCAUUCCAGAUAUUUUGCACAAGAUCUUGCCAGGCUACGUGGGAGGAGUUCAGGAUGGUGCCCGAACACCAGCAGGCCUAAUAAAUAAAUAUGAGAUCAACGGUCUACAGUGCUGGAUAAUAAGUCAUGUUUUAUGGGUGGCCAAUGCACAAUACUUCCACUGGUUUUCUCCAACCAUCAUCAUCGACAACUGGAUCCCUUUGUUGUGGUGCACAAACAUCCUCGGCUAUUUCGUGUCCACUUUUGUUUUUUUCAAAGCUUAUCUGUUUCCUACCAAUCCAGAGGACUGUAAAUUCACAGGCAACAUCUUUUAUAAUUACAUGAUGGGAAUUGAGUUCAACCCACGGAUAGGAAAAUGGUUCGACUUUAAGCUUUUCUUUAAUGGACGGCCGGGUAUUGUAGCGUGGACUCUUAUCAACCUGUCAUAUGCUGCCAAACAGCAAGAGCUAUAUGGUUAUGUGACAAACUCCAUGAUCCUGGUCAACGUUUUGCAAGUGAUCUAUGUGUUGGACUUCUUCUGGAAUGAAGCCUGGUACCUGAAAACUAUUGACAUCUGCCAUGAUCACUUUGGCUGGUACCUGGGCUGGGGAGACUGCGUCUGGCUUCCUUUCCUUUAUACACUGCAGGGACUUUACCUGGUCUACAACCCAGUCCAGCUAUCCACACCCCACGCUGCAGGAGUCCUCAUCCUGGGUCUGCUGGGAUACUACAUCUUCCGUGCAACGAACCAUCAGAAAGACCUUUUCCGUCGCACAGAGGGCAACUGCAAAAUCUGGGGAAAAAAGCCCACUUUUAUCGAGUGUUCCUACCGAUCGUCCGAUGGUGGCCUUCACAAAAGCAAGCUGAUGACAUCAGCCUUCUGGGGAAUGGCCCGCCACAUGAACUACACGGGCGACCUGAUGGGCUCCCUGGCGUACUGCAUGGCCUGUGGCGGCACGCACUUGUUGCCGUAUUUUUACAUCAUCUACAUGACCAUCCUGCUGGUACAUCGCUGCAUACGUGAUGAGCACCGCUGCAGUAGCAAAUACAGCAAGGAUUGGGAACGCUACACCGCCGCCGUGCCCUACCGUUUGUUGCCCGGCAUCUUCUAGAGUGAACGUAUUCUCAUAUCCCAGAAUGCAACUUUUUUUUAACCACCACGGCCUCAUACACCAAAGCCACUUGUUUUCUGUGGCUGCCUGUACUGGUUCAUUUCUAAACUUUUAUGGCCGUUCGUCUUUUAGGUAGUUUUGUGGACUUGAAUGGAAUGGUGUAUGAAUGACUGAAAUGUUCUACGAAGAUCAGUUUGCUUGUUUAUGUGUGAGUGUGGUGUGCAUGGGAAAAUAUCUUACAGGAUUUUCAAAACGUCACACUUCUACAUGGAAUGGACUUUAAAAACAGCUGCUAAAUAUACUGUGAUCAACUCAAGUCUCAAUGUUUCUACCUUACAUAUUUCACGAGUCCUGUUGGUGGUGGUGGUUUCUCUAAUUUGUUUAAUGGGGAGUAAAAAACACUGUAGUUUUUUAAUGGUACAGGCUAAAGGAGACAAAAAUACUUCAGAAAUUCUGGUACGAAUACUAUUACUUCCAUGUUUGAUUCAAAUAGAAAAUUUUAACAAACAAUUUUACACGUUGUCUUUAUUUCUUUUACUGGUAAACGUAUUGUGUCUUUCACUGUAGGUGCUGAACAAAUACAUUUACAUCUGAAAUGUUUCAAAACUUUAAACAUUUUAGUAUGUUUUUACUUACUCCCAGGAGGACUAAGGUUACAUUUUCGACAGCAGGUGGCAU